AUGGAGUCAGCAGCCGCUGGUGAUACUUCUCCGCACUCGGUGCCUGUGAGAAGGUUGGACAAUAUUCGAGCCAGUUGUGAUAACUGCUCAAGGUCGAAAGUGCGUUGCAGCAAGGAGCAACCGAAAUGCCAACGGUGCAUUCAUCAGGGCGUCAGUUGCAUAUACAGCCCAUCGCAGAGAGUACGACGGAGACCUUUACGAGAGCCAAUAGUCGAAACUCCCCGGAGAAUUGACUCUGCCCGGGAGAAUGCCUUCAACAAAACGAUUACCAGCCACGACAGCCAUAUCAUGAACAGCCUGCACCACCACGGCCCGGGAAACAACAACAUAAACCAUGACGGCAAGAUGCGGGAACGUCUACAUGGUUUCGACAUGGAUUUCGACAGAGCGCCAACCGCGGCCAAUUCUCACCACGCGUUCUCGGAGCUCAGCAUGUUCCAGACCGAUAUCGACAGCCCCUGGGGCGGCCUGAUUACGACCCUGGACGAGCCGCCCCAUAUCCCGUGGCAGCAGUUUGAGCAACCCAGCCCCUUUCACGACUUGGACCCUCAUUUCCCACCCCGAUUCAACCGAGGCGAAGGCACAAAGUCGCCUCAGUCACCGUUACGUCAGGCUCCACUAGAGGAAAUUAUCACAAAAAGUACUAAUUAUGGCCAUCAGUGCUCAGAAUUGGCCACUACCACCAUUCAGAAACUCGACAUCCCCAUGCUUCCUUGCUCAUCAGUGUCGAACAACCCCAAUGCUGCCGCUGCCAUGAUUGCAGCUAUGUCUUCUUCUGUCUCUGAUGCUUCAGGCACCGCCGCUCCCGUAUUAUCGUCAUUGUCCAGUCAGGCUCCUCGGCGCGGGUCCCGCAGUUUUGAAAUUAUCUUGAGGGACAACAGAGCCGCACUCGACGAUAUGCUUACCAUUUUGCAAUGUUCAUGUACGGUCAAGGCGGAGCUUGUCUUCCUAGUAACUGCCGUAUGCUCACGGGUGCUGUCUUGGUACGAAGCCAGCCUGGAACGUAGCAGCAGCAGCAGCAAUAAUUCCAGCACUCCAACGGCAAGCAAUACUUCCACUUCAUCAAGCAGUAUCUCAGCUGGAACAACAGCUGCUACUACAAGCUCUAAUGCAUCAUCUUCUCCUUUCUUUGACUGGGUAUUCAUUCCAUCUAUCCGCAUGGGGGCCUACGCUCUCGACCACGAGCAUUCAGAGCGCAUGGUUGCACAACUAAUACAAACGGAAUUGACGAAGGUGAAAGAAGUUAUUGACGCAUUUGCGCGAACAUACUGCCACCACAGUGAUGGACCUUCGAAGUACGGGCCGCAUGGCCUGGUUAACGAGGAUAGUGAGGACAAGUUACACUUAGCGUUGGAGGCAUUCUUACGCAGCCGGCUGCGGGCAGUUGUGAGAGCUGCAAGGGAACAUCUGAGUUGA